CACAGAGACACACACACAGAGAGAGGGGGGGAAAUGAAUAAUGUUGAUCGAACUUGUCCCCAAUCUUGAAUAUUGACUUUGUCUUCCAUAUCUCCCCUUUCCUCUUUCAUUCUUUCUCUUUUCCUCCUUCAUUCUUGGUGAUCUUUCCCUUCCUCCACCCAACCCAUGUAUAUUUAGAGCACUUCUCUCUCUCUCUCUCCUCGAUGAUUACAUAAAAGCCACUCUGUGGGAUAUAAAAUAUUGCAAGCAAGCAUGGCCGGCGGAGGAGAAGGAGGAGCAACCACCGCUGCGGCGGCAUCAACCGGUACCACUCGGUCUCUUCAAGAAACACCCACCUGGGCUUUGGCUACAGUUUGCUUCAUAUUCAUCUUCGGUGGACUUCUCAUUGAGUACCUCAUCCAUCGACUAACUCAUUUGCUAAAGCAUCGUCGAAAGAAUGCCUUGUAUGAAGCAGUAGAGAGGCUAAAGUCAGUUUUGAUGCUCUUGGGGUUUCUCUCCUUGCUACUAGCUGUAACUCAAAGGCCCAUUUCCAAAAUCUGCAUACCAAACAGGCUCGCGAAUUCCAUGCUUCCGUGCCGUAAAACGGUGCAAACUAAAACAACGAAAGCUCUGGGAUAUUAUUCAUAUGACCAUGUUAGGGCAGCAUAUGAUCAAACUGAUAUUUCACAUUGGGAGAGACGAUUGGCGGAAGACGACUCUUCUUCCUCCUCGGAUGAUUGUGGUGAGGGGAAGACCUCUCUAAUGUCAGCUCAAGGGAUGAAUCAGCUGAGCAUCUUCAUCUUCGUCAUAGCAGUCAUGCAAGUUGUGUACAGUGGCGUUACCAUGGGAUUAGGAAGAGCAAAGAUGAGGCGAUGGAAAGCUUGGGAGAAAGAAACACAAACAGUUGAAUACCAGGCAGCUAAUGAUCCAAAUCGAUUCAGACUCACAAGACAAACGACCUUUGGGAGGCGACAUAUGAACAACUGGACAACGACACCGGUUGUUCUUUGGAUUAAAUGUUUCUUCAGGCAAUUUUUCCAUUCAGUUGCCAAAGUUGACUAUUUCACGUUGCGCCAUGGCUUCAUCGCUGCUCAUUUGUCGACAAACAACACGUUCAACUUCCAAAAAUACAUACGACGGUCGUUAGAAGAUGAUUUUAAAGUUGUUGUCGGCGUCAGCCCUUCCAUGUGGUUUCUGGUUGUUAUAUUCUUGCUCGUGGAUGUAUAUGGUUGGCACGUAUACCUGUGGGUGUCGUUCCUUCCACUCAUUACGGUGCUGUUUAUCGGAACCAAACUUGAAGUAAUCGUCGCGAAAAUGGCGCUUCAAUUGAGAGAUCACAACAGUGUCAUCAAAGGAACUCCCGUGGUCCAACCCAACGACAACCUCUUCUGGUUCGGACAUCCAGAAUACGUCUUGACACUCAUUCAUUACAUUCUAUUCACGAAUGCAUUUGAGCUUGCCUUUUUCAUUUUUGUGACGCUGCAAUAUGGGUUUCAUUCUUGUUACCAUGAGCGGGUGGAGAUCGUUAUCAUUAGGGUGGUAUUAGCGGUGACGGUUCAAGUCCUUUGCAGUUAUAUUACUCUUCCCCUGUAUGCCCUUGUAACCCAGAUGGGAACGCAUUUCAAGAGCGCAGUGCUAGAAGACCAAACUGCGCACGUGAUAAGGCAAUGGCACGCGGGGGUGAGGGACAAGAGGAAGAAAGAACGAGCCGGUUCAAAAUCACCACGGCGAGAUCGGGAGGAUUCCGUAUGGAGCAAUACUAACAGCCGUACGAAUUCACCGGAGAGCUCUUCUCAUUAUCGAACGCCAACUCCGACCGAAUUCGCCUCCCGUCGACUCACCCGAGACGAUGGUGAAAUUGUCGAGGAGGAGCAGAGCCCGGCUGAGCUUUCUUUUGCAGACGAGGUGCGGAUAGAACUCCCCGGAGAUAUGAGAAAAAGCGCAAUUGCGUGAAAAUACUGUAGUAUAGAAAGAAUGGAAAAAAAAUACAAAGAUUUGGCAAUGAGAUAUUGAUUACUCCUUUCAUCUCAAUUUGUUUUUCCGUGCGACUUUUUAGGAGGAUCGGCAAUUUGAAACGGAUAGAGUAACUGAAUGGCAUUGGCCAAUUAUUUGUCAACUGCAUUCAUUUGUACACUUGUUAUUUUUAAGGAAAAAAAAUCGAAAUGAUCCUUGUAGUUUA